AAUGAAAAAUAUGGAUUUAUCAGAUAUAAGAGCUAAAAUAUCUGAACUUGAAUAAAGACAAAAUUAAGUCUAAUGUUCUCUAAACAGUACUUUUUUCUAAGGAGCAGGAAAUGUGCCUCUAUCCCCUUUAUCAUCAACUGACUUACCCUGGUGGGUGGAGGUCCAUAAUGUGGUGAUCGAAGAAGAAAUCCUUAAUGUAAUUAUGUUCAAAUGGUGUAGUAUCCACCCAUUUGA